AUGCAUUUGUUUUACCAUUUGUUCAGCGUACUAGUCACCGAUAGCGGAGGACUUACAUCCACUGCGUCUGCAAAGGUGAUCAUUGAAGCCGAGCGAGAUGAUCCUCCGAAGGCUCACAUCAAUGAAUGCGGAAGCAUGGAUCAUGUUGGUUCUUUGACUGUACGACUUCCACGAACAGAAAUAAGCUUAUGCGGAAAUGCAUCACAGGACGAUAAGGGUAUCGUGUCCUACAACUGGUUCCGCGUAGAUAAGCUGUCUGGAAAACUUUCUGUCGAUCUUGCUGGAUCAGCUACGAGCAUAUUAACACUGAGAAACAUACAAGCUAAUGAACGUUUUGGUCCGUACGAGUUUCAGCUGGAUGUGACAGAUACGAAAGGACAAAAGGACUCGGCGCGAAUUAGCAUAUUUGUGAACGAAGCUGAAAAUCUGCCUCCAGGUCAGUUAUCUUAA